AUGGCGAACGCUAGAGUUGUUGCGCUCUUCGCAGUCCUUGCUCUGCUUCAGAUCACUUGCACCGUUGCCCGGCGGCACGGCAAGCCGGGCGGCUACCACCACCAGGGCACGCUGGCGUCGUCGCGCGACGGAUACCCCGCGGUGAUGACGGUGAACGGAUUCCAGCGCGGCGAGGAGGGCGGCCCGUCGGAGUGCGACGGCCACUUCCACAGCGACGGCGACCUGAUCGUGGCGCUGUCCACGGGGUGGUUCGCGGGCGGGCACCGGUGCCACAGGGCGAUCCGCAUCACGAGCGCGCGCACCGGGCGCUCCGUGGAGGCCCGGGUGGUGGACGAGUGCGACUCCCGCCGCGGGUGCCGCGACAACGUCGUGGACUCGUCGGCCGCCGUGUGGAAGGCGCUCGGGCUGGACACCGACGCCGGCGAGGUCCCCGUCACGUGGUCCGAUGCCUGA